GGCUGUUCAGAACCGACUUUGUUUAUAACGUUUAAAACACAGUGACAUCUCGUUUCGCGUGAAUAUGGCUUAAUCAAAGCCUACUUUAAACUUAAUAAUAACUAGUUUUUCUUAAAUCACAAUUUAAUUUUAGUCGACUCAAUCUCAGGGUAGAUUAGUCGGUCUAAAAUCUAAAAAAACUUUUAUUACUUAACCAGUGCAUCAAACCAAAGAACCAAUCACCAUCAAAACUUCAUUACUUCGAGACUAAUUCAUUCUUAAGGUUUUAAUCGUCUUUACGCAAUGUCAGUGUGCGCCAGUCCUUACGAUUGCGAAUUUGGUCCAAACAAUUCGACGUUCGGUUGUUUUUACCAGGAGAUGAUCACCGAUUUGUUACCUGGAUGGAUUUAUGGAACAGAGGAAAGAUUACCAUGGAUUGGGGCCACUUUUGGUUCUCUUCUGGUGGGACUUAGCGGAGUUUUACCGUUGUUGGUUAUACCAAUAGAUCAAUCGGACAAUCUUAAACAAGGAGAUCGUGCAAAUUUAUUAAAAACCCUUUUAAGUUUCGCUGUUGGGGGACUUUUAGGGGAUGUUUUCCUACAUUCCCUCCCGGAAAUAUGGGCUUAUGACGUCAAUGCAAACGGAGGUCACCCAACCAUUGGAACAGGACUAUUAAUAUUAAGCGGUCUCAUAAUAUUCGUCGUAGCUGAAAAACUGUUUUCAGUUAUAACAAAAUUGGAGGAAAAUCGUCAAGAACAAUAUGAAAUCGACGAACAGAACAACGAAAAACGCACCAAAACCAAACCUUACGACCUGCAAAAGACUGACGAUGACGGCGAAAAUAAAAAACACAUCACAGGUUAUUUAAAUCUUUUCGCCAACGCCAUCGACAACUUUACCCACGGCCUUUCUUUAGGAGGCGCGUUUCUCGUUUCAUUUCGAUUGGGCUGUUUGACAACGUUUGCGAUUUUAAUGCACGAGGUGCCCCAUGAAGUAGGGGAUUUCGCCAUUUUGCUCAAAUCUGGUUUCUCAAGGUGGGACGCUGCUAAAUUUCAACUUAUCACUGCUGGUGGGGGACUCGUCGGAUCGAUGGCUUCUUUAAUUUUUAGUGGAGCAAGUAACUCAUUAGAAGCUAGAACGUCUUGGAUUUUGCCAUUUUCUGCAGGAACUUUCCUCCAUAUUGGUUUAGUGACCGUUUUACCGGAUUUAUUGAAGGAAGAAGAUCCGAAGGAAUCGUUAAAACAACUUUCAUCGUUAUUGUUGGGUAUUCUUGUCAUGGCUGUUGUCACAGUCGGUUUUGAGUAAUGUGGAUUUGUUAUUUUUUGCUCCAUUUAUAUUAUAGAUUAUUAUAGAAGUUUUUUUUUAUUAUUACAAGCCAGUUGCCAUAUAUCUAGCUCAGUUGUUAUCUUUAUUACAAUUUUGUUUCCUUUUUUUUCUUUAUUAUUUUGUCAAGAAUCAUCACAAGAUUUUUUUACAGUAUUUAUACUACAUUAAGAGAGCUUUGUUUUGUGUAUUAUGAGACAAUAGCAAACGCUAGAUUAGAAUUCUGUUUAUAUGUAAGAAACCAUGAAUUGAAUUUUUUUUUUUUGAAAAUAUUAAAAAUAAAAAUAAACAUAUUUUUGUAUGGAGAAAAGGAAGUGAGAAAUUUAUUUUUUAAUUAUUAAAGUUGAAACUAAACUGUAAACUACUUUUUCUAUUAAAAAAAGUUGUGAUAUUCUAUUUAUAGUUGCCCCUUUAAUGUUAUAUAUAUAAAAAAUAGUUAAAAAAUAAUAGGAUAAUAGAUACUCUUUCGUUUUUGUAAUAAAUACAGUACUUAAAAAGUGCUAUUAUACGGUUUUUACAAGAUUGGCUGGUUAUCACCGGAAAAAUCUAUGCCCAAAAUGUAUAUAAAUGAUCUAUGAAAGAAAACAAUUAUAAAAUUUAUUAUUCUUUAAAA